UCUCUUCUAUUCAAAUAAUCCAACCUUUCACUUUUUGUACACCCCUCUCUUUCAAAAUGAAGACUAUGAAUAUAAACACCAUUUCAUUGAUCAUUUCCAUUGCUUUCUUGAUCAUGUACUCUAGUUUUGAAAGUUGUAGUGCCACAAAAAUCAACCGUUGGAGAAAACUCAAAGCUGCCUCAUCUACAUUUAAUGUGUUAGAUUUUGGGGCGAAAGGUGAUGGACGCGCUGAUGACACAAAGGCUUUUGAAGAUGCAUGGGCAGCUGCUUGUAAGAUUGAGGCUUCAACAAUGGUUGUUCCAUCUGGUUCUGUUUUUCUUGUAAAACCAAUUUCAUUCUCUGGCCCUAAUUGUCAGCCAAACAUUGUUUUUCAGCUAGAUGGAAAAAUCAUUGCUCCUACAAGCUCUUCAGCUUGGGGCUCAGGUACUUUGCAAUGGCUUGAAUUCACUAAGCUAAACAAGAUUACAAUCAAAGGUAAAGGUGUCAUUGAUGGACAAGGCUCUGUUUGGUGGAAUGGCAACGGGAAUCUUCCAAAAACCAAACCAACAGCACUAAGGUUUUAUGGAAGUGAUGUUGUAACAGUUACUGGAAUAACAAUUCAGAACAGUCAACAAACUCAUCUCAAAUUUGAUUCAUGCACAAAUGUUCAAGUCUUUGAUAUAACAGUUUCAUCACCUGGUGAUAGUCCUAACACAGAUGGAAUUCAUCUGCAAAAUUCUCAAGAUGUUGUCAUCUAUAGCAGCACACUCGCUUGUGGUGAUGAUUGUGUGUCUGUACAAACUGGAUGUUCUAACAUAUUGGUGCAUAAUGUGAAUUGUGGACCUGGUCAUGGAAUUAGCAUUGGAAGUCUUGGAAAAGAAAACACAAAAGCUUGUGUUUCAAAUGUCACGGUUCGUGAUGUUACUAUCCAAAACACUUUGACUGGUGUUAGAAUCAAAACAUGGCAGGGAGGUUCUGGUUCUGUCCAAAACAUCAUGUUCUCAAACAUUCAAGUUUCAGAAGUUGAAACUCCAAUAACAAUUGAUCAAUACUAUUGUGAUGGUGGAAGGUGUCAUAAUGCAACAUCAGCGGUUGCAGUAUCAAGCAUACAUUAUGUGAAUAUAAAAGGAACAUAUAUUAAAGAGCCUAUUUAUUUUGCAUGUAGUGAUAGUUUACCUUGUAAAGGAAUAACACUUGAUACCAUAAAGCUAGAAUCAAGUCAAAGGUCAAAUGUUCCUUUUUGUUGGGAAGCAUUUGGUGAAUUGAAAACUCAAAUUGUUCCUCCUGUUGAUUGUCUUCAAAGAGGGAAUCCUUCAAGGGGCGGAAUCAUUUCGAGCGAAGAAAGUUCGUGCUGAUUUAUAAUUAAAAAGUGUUUAGUGUCUGACAUGUAUCAAUAUCAGAGUCAGAAUCGGUAUUUAAUACUGAAAUAUGUUACACUAUUUCACAAAAUGUCAACGUACCAUUGUCUUGUUUUUGGUUCUAUAAGGAUUAUUGUACUUAGCAUAUCGGUUAUAUAUAGAAAAUUGUUAUCUUGGUUUCCAAUUAAGCGUGUUAGGGAAAUUUUUUUUUUUGGUAUAAACCGGGGUAUCCUCUGCGCGCAACUGCAGAGACUAAUCCCUCGAGCCGGGUAGGACCAUAUAGGCGGUAAAGCUCUCCCUCAAGAGAUUUAACACUGCUGCAUGCCCAGGGCCGGGAUCGAACCCAGGACCUCUGGUUAAGCGUGUUAGGGAAAUUAAGAUUAUACAUAUAUAGGUAGUUGCUGUUUUGAUUUCCAUAUUAGUUUGUGAUUAAUGUAAUGAUUCGUCACAUAGUGUGAAUU